AUGGAUCAACCUAUGGUAAGUCCGAGAAAUGUCACUGAGGGACAUGAGGUGUCUAAUUUGAUAACGUUUCGGUAUUCAACAGAUUAAUAUUGUACAAUAUAUGUGAUUAAAAUUUCAGUAUUGAAUACGUAAAGAAAUGAAGGGAUUAAUAGAGUGAAAUAAAAAAUUUUAGAUUUAGAUGAUAGGGCUAUACUGGAUGCAGGGUAAAAUAAUGAGGAAGAGGAACCAUCAAUAAGUUCAUCAGAAUCUGAGCAAAGUGUCAGCAAAAAAGGAUCUGAGACAAUGAAAUUAGGAUCAUAAAGUAAGGUUGAACAUGCUGAAAGAUAGUAUAAAACUGAAGAUUUGUCCCCUGUUGAUGGAGGUUGGACGAAUAUCAUAUGGAAGAGGGGUUCGUUGAGAAUUAUGACAUAUGUGGUCAGAUUCGUGAUUUCUAUUCUAAUUAAUUCAGAAAAAUCUAAGUUUUCAUUCAUGAAUCGAAAGUAAUUCAAUGCCAUAAAUGACGUAACAGGGGUUUAUCAAUUUUAUGAGGAGAAUAAACUAAUUAGGUAGAGGAUUAAAAAGAAAUUUAAAUCCUAUAUUUAAAACAAUAUCUGUUAUAAAGUUAUAAGGAAUGGAUUGGAGACCUUCGUUAAUAAAUGUCUGUUUGUAAUAGACCCCUCAAGCACCAUUAAGAUAUUAUGGGAUUUCUUUAUGUUGUUUGUGUUAUCGUGGUAGAUGGUCUUUGUUCCACUGAAGAUUUGUUUUUUCAUUCAUAUAGAAGAUCCUAUUUUGAACUUCAUCUUAAAUUAUUUGCCAGUCUACGUAUAUUUAAUGGAGAUUGUCUUAACAUUUCUGACAGGCUAUUAUGAGCAUGGAGUGUUGAUAAUGGAUUAGAAAUAGGUAGCCAAACAUUACUUCAAGAAAUCAUUUUUUUAUGAUCUAUUAAAUGUAUUGCCAUUAUUGGUGAGUGCAUAUUAUGUGCAAUCGAAUUGGUUAGAGUUUUCAGUCUUGGUUAAGAUAAAGACAUUGAAAUUUUUAUCAGAUUAAUUAGAGGAAGUAUUUGGAUUGAGAACUAAUUAUUAAACAUUGAUAGAUGUCUUGAGAUUGAUGAUCCAAUUUAUAUUUUUGUCUCAUCUUUUUGGUUGUUUUUGGCAUUAUUUGGGAAUCCUUUAAGGAGAUUACGGAAUAACCAAUACAUGGAUAAAUGCGUUAGAGUUGUAAAAUGACAGUUGGCAGAUUAGAUACAUAAACUCAAUAUAUUGGAGUUCAAUAACAACAUUGACAAUUGGAUAUGGUGACAUUACACCUUAGAGUAGUGUUGAGAAGAUCUUCACAGUUGGAGUGGCUGUUUUCAGUAGUGUCGUAUUUGCAUACACGAUCUCAAGUAUAGGGUUGAUCUUCAGUCAAUUGAAUGAAAAUAAGAAGAAUCAAAGAUAUAAAAUGAAUUUGAUUUAGUAAUUCAUAGGUUAAAGAGGAGUUAAUAAAUAAUUGCAGAACAAAGUCAAGAAAUUCUAUGAGUAUUUUAUCCAAAUAGAUCAUUCCUAAGACAGCGAAUGUGAAUUGUUACUUGACUCAUUGGAACCCUCUUUAAAGAAUGAAUUGAAAAUAGACCUAUACAAAAAAUAUAUCAUGAAAUCCAAACUGUUUAAAUCCACUUUCUCACCAGAUUUCUUAGAUUCCCUUUGCUAACUAGUUUAGGAGAGACAAUAUACACCAGACGAAUAGAUAUGUGCAACUGAUACUGAAGUUGAAGAGUUGUAUUUUGUGUUGAAGGGUGAAAUAUCUUUGUAAAUUCAAUUGAAUAAUUGUAUUAAACAAUAACAUUCAUUAUGUAGAAUCUGUCUCUUAAAAAAAAAUCAUAUUUUAGGAGAACGAUUCUUCAUCACUGGCGAUAGAUAUCCAUAUUCAGGUAAGGCUAUUUCAACUGUACGAGUUGCCUUUAUUAAGAAAACAUAAUUUGUCAACCUAUUGAAAUAGAAUCCCCAAGAAUAUGAAAAGUUUUUGGAAGCCAAAAGCAAGGUUAUAUUAAAGGAGAGAGUAAAAGUCCAAGGAUGCGAACUAUGCUAUUAAAACCACUAAGUUUUACAGUGUCCUUUUGUGUUUUAUUACCCUAAUGUUAGAGUCAUUGUCAAAAGGUAAGAAAACAUUACAUAAAAGCGACAAUUUAAAUAAAGAUCAUAUAAAUCACUCCAAGAUAGAGGAGGCAUUUAAUAUUAAUUGAUCUCCUAUGCAUUGGAUACAAAUUUAAUGCAAGAAGAAUCUCUUGACGAAUCAUUAAUUAAAAAUAUGGGCUUGCAAUUCAUAGAGCCAACAAAAAAAUAGUUAAACAAACUACAUAGUGAUAUUUCUGCUGACCCACAAUUACAAGAUUAGCCACAUCCCUUUCAAAAUCUAACACCCUUGCGUCCUAGUUGUGAAUAAUUUAGUGAAGGCAGUGAGGGAGGAACCAGCAAAACAAACAAAACUUCAAAUAAUGGAUUACAAAAACUAAUAACUCUUAGAUAAAUUUCAUAAUAAAGUCAGAAUCAAUAGAUCUAACCAAAAAAAAUAGACAAAUAUAAAUAGAUGAGUUUUAAAGUUAAAAAGAAUGAAUUUCGUCCUCCUGAAAUUGUGGAAUUAUAAAAGAUUGAAGAAAUACAGUCUUUCGAAUCUCCAUAGUGUUCAGCUUAAAAAUCAAAUCAAUAAAAUAUAUUCUUUAAUUUAAAUGAUAAUUAUAUUACUAAAGAACUAGAAAUCAAAAGAAUCUUGUGGGAGGAAUAUGUACACUCUCAAAUCAUUGAAGAUAAAGAAAGGUUUGAUUAAUAAAAGGAUUAUCAAUUUUUUUAUCCUAAUUUUAACUUAGAGAAAGUGUUAGAUUUAAUUAAUAUCAAGGUUAAUGAAAGAAAAAAGAAAACCUAAAAAUCAAGACUGACAACAUUAGGCAAGAAUCGAUUGGGUUAGUUACAAAACAUAUCUGUUAGACCUAGAAAAAGUAUGAUUACUAUUGAAUAAGCAUUUUCAUAAGAAGAUGAAAGAUAAAAAAGUCUUAAAUUAUGA